AUGGCACCUAGCAAGGGAAAGGAAAAGAAGCCCACGGCAGUACCCUCAGCUAAGAGUGCGAGAAUAACGAGAUCGAAGCAUCUACAAAAACAGCUUAAGCAAAAAAAGGCCUCACUAGAACGCGCGUCUACAGCCUAUAAUAAGGCAAGUCCAGAAAAACAACGCGAGAUUAAUGGCAUGCGUAAUGAGGUCACUACGUUCCGUGCGGUUGCCGAGUCGAUGGUUAUAGACCCGCCUAACCAGGGACCAAACGAAAAAAGAGACACUCUCCAAGACAAUGCGGGUCUAGAAGGAACGAAUGGAAAUAACGGUAGCCUCUCCCCAAUAGGGCCCCCGUCCGGCAAUAGCACAUCAUCUUUCCAGAAUGAUAAUAGCUCAAAGGCACCUAGAAAUCUCGGCGGCGACGGCGAAAAUGAGCCUAGGCACGAGCCUAGGGCGGCAGAUAAAGGAGGGCAACUACAAGAACCAGAGACAGGGCGCGGCGGGAUAGGGCCUAAUGUUAUAGAGUCCAUUGAGGCUGACGAACCGAAUGGAUCUUUGUUCCUCCAAGAUAAUAAUGAAACGACAGAGUUUAAAGAUCCAGAGUAUAGCAAGCCGCUAUUGACUAUCCCGACAACAAGUGGCGUGAGCGAAGAAGCAACCUAUCGCCUAGAGAACCAUGCAUUCCCCCGUAGCUAUGCGGAAAAUCCACCAGAAGAUAAGAACGUAGGAAGUGCGAAGAACAGAUUUGGAGACACACUGCCAGGUAUCGGCAGACUCCACUAUCCCAAUGCGGAAGCACCUAGGAUCUAG